AGUUUAUCGCGAUCCAGUUCGAUAGUUCGAAGUGCAUUGAUGAUUUAUAUUCAACUUGUGUUUGAAACUAGUAUUAGUAGUAGUAGGUAGUAGUCAUCAGGCUUAGUAUUUUAUAAACAAUAAUAUGUACAUGAUAAAGAGCCUCUUCUGCAUUUAAGUUGUAUUAUGAUUUUAUAAAUAAUUGGUUCACAUAUACAGGCUUUUGAAAUUACAUCCACAAAAAUGGAAAGAGAAUAUUUAACCAAGGAGCACUUGAUUGGAUUCGAUAAUUAUAAGUACAGCUGCAAAGACACUGGCGUACUGAGCAUCUAUGUUAUGCACCCAUUUUGGAACUGGCUAGUUCAGUUCUUUCCAAGAUCUAUAGCACCCAAUCUCCUGACGUUCACUGGAUUCCUUUUUACUGUGGUGAUAUAUCUGCUUUUUGCUGUGCUCGACUACAAUUUCUAUUCUUCUGAUAUAGAUCACCCAGAAGUAAAUCCUCUACCAAAAUGGACAUUCAUGACUGCAGGAAUUUUUUUGUUCAUCGCUUAUACUCUAGAUGGAAUAGAUGGCAAACAAGCUCGCAGAACAGGAACAAGUGGCCCCCUAGGAGAGUUAUUUGACCACGGUCUUGACUCGUACACAACUGGCCUUAUACCAGUAGCAUUGUAUUCAAUUUUCGGAAGGGGACUUACCUACAGUAUCCCCCCCUAUAGAAUGUUUUUCAUCAUGUGGAAUGUGAUGAUGAACUUUUACUUAUCACAUUUCGAAAAAUAUAACACUGGAGUGCUGUUUUUACCUUGGGCAUAUGAUUUUUCUAUGUGGGGUAUCAUACUCUAUUUUCUUACGGCAGGGUAUGGUGGGUAUGAGAUUUGGCAAUUUCGCUUUGGCGACAUAACCACUGGCCAUAUUGUUGAAGUGAUACUUCUCAUUUCAUCCCUUUUAUCAAAUGUACCUAUUGUAACAAAGAACAUUUAUCUAUCAUACAAAAACAAAUCAGGGAAAAUGAGAAAAUUCUCAGAUGCCAUAAGACCUCUGCUGUCAGUAGGAAUAUUUUUCAUAUUGACGCUGGUGUGGAUCAGCUAUUCACCAACUAAUAUCUUGGAUAGGGAGCCCAGAGCCUUCUUCUUACUUUUAGGGACAGUAUUCUCUAAUAUAUCUUGUCGUUUAAUAGUCGCUCAGAUGAGCAACACCACUUGUGAAGUUUUCAAUCUAUUGAUGAUUCCAGUUUUAUUAGUGGUGAUCAUUACUGUUAUAUUGCAGUGGGCCAGUUUGGAAUUGUUCCUUUUAUAUUGUUUGUGUAUCUUCACUACUGUAGCUCAUAUACAUUAUGGAACUUGUGUGGUAAGACAGAUGUGCCGGCACUUCAGGGUUAACUGUUUCACGAUAAAGAAACAAUCUGAAUGAUUCCUGUUGAACAACAUAUUUGAUGAUGGAAGUGUUGUACCUCGUAUCCAGUGGCAUUGUUGGGUAACCAUGACAUUGUUUGUUUUUUAAUUUUUGUUCAGGUUAUUGUAUAUUAUAUUUGGAAGCAUUCGUUCCAUCGACACUGUU